CCGGUUUCGGUUUGGUAUAUAACCAAAACUCAAUUCCAGAACCAUAAUCCUCCGUCCCCGUCUGUUCUCUCUCCCGGUGAGGUGACUAUAGAGUCUCGUAGCCGUCGCCGUUGGCUUAUCCUCUUAAGGUGAACGAAGUUUGCAUCACGAACUCGUGUCAAAUUUGGUAGAUUCAGGUUUCCCGUUUCGUCCCCAUGGCUUCGCCACCAGAGGAGAUGGAUGAUGAUGAAAUUCAAUCCCCGCCAAAGAGCACUUACAAGGAUCCCGACGAUGGAAGGCAACGAUUCUUACUUGAACUUGAAUUCAUUCAGUGUCUCGCCAAUCCUACUUACAUCCAUUACCUGGCGCAGAAUCGGUAUUUUGAAGAUGAAGCAUUUAUUGAGUACCUCAAGUAUCUUCAAUACUGGCAGCGACCUGAGUACAUCAAGUUCAUUAUGUAUCCACAUUGCCUAUAUUUCCUCGAACUUCUUCAAAACCCCAACUUCAGGAGUGCGAUGGCCCAUCCUGCAAGCAAGGAAUUGGCACAUAGGCAACAGUUUUACUAUUGGAAGAACUACAGAAACAACAGGCUGAAGCACAUUCUACCUCGUCCUCUUCCAGAGCCUGUAGCUCCACAACCGCCACCUGUGCCUUCAUCUUCUCUUCCUCCUGCCCCAUCUGCACCUCCUGCUGCUCCCUCUCCAGCUAUUUCUCCGAUGCAGUACAACAAUAAUAUGCUUCCUAAGAACGAGUCGCGGAAUAUGGUUUCUGCUGGAAUUGACCGUAGGAAGAGAAAGAAAGGUCCAUAAGCAUAUCUCGCCCUGAAGCAAACACCAUGGUGUCCGGGGAUAUCUUUCCUACGUAUUCUAGAGAGGGAAACAUGCUUGACUCAGGUUACAGAAAUGUUGAAGACUCUGGGCAUAGAGAUUGAUGAUAUUAAGCCUGUCGGCUUUAUAGUAAAUGGUAGUUGUGAGAUUGAUUCUGUUUCCUAUUUUUCGUUGCUCUAGGCUCCAACAGAAGCCUUACUCAUACUUUUACCAUAUUUGUUUCGUUAUUCCAAUGAAUGUUCUUUCUUAUGCA